GCAGUCGGCAGCUGUCAUCGCGCAGGGGACGGGGAGCCCCGCGGGUACCUGGGGGAAAAGCCCCGAGGGGUCGAGGGCGGAGGCGGCGCGGAGAGGAGCGGGAGUGGAGUUCUGCCCUGCUUUGCUCUGACUUGCCCUGACUUGUCCUGCCGGCGCUCCCCCUCCUCGCCUUCCUCUGUCCGUGUCUGCCCACUUAGCCCUCUCCCGGACAGGUGCGGGCUGGACUGAAAGUAAACCACCAUGGCUGGUGUCACCUCAGAUAGUCCUCCAAACCCAAGCUGCAAAAUCAUGACUUUCAGGCCUACGAUGGAUGAAUUCAGAGACUUCAACAAAUAUCUAGCAUAUAUGGAAUCACAAGGUGCUCAUAGGGCUGGAGUUGCAAAGGUUAUCCCACCAAAGGAGUGGAAGCCAAGAAAACAUUAUGAUGAUAUAGAAGAUUUGGUGAUUCCUGCUCCAAUUCAGCAAAUGGUCACUGGUCAGUCGGGGCUCUUCACACAGUACAACAUUCAGAAAAAGCCAAUGACAGUGAAGGAGUUCAAGCAGCUGGCCAACAGUGGCAAAUACUGCACCCCAAGAUACGUAGAUUAUGAAGAUUUGGAGCGUAAAUACUGGAAGAACUUGACUUUUGUGGCACCAAUUUAUGGAGCAGAUAUCAAUGGGAGCAUUUAUGAUGAAGGUAUUGAGGAAUGGAAUAUUGGCCAUCUUAAUACAAUACUGGAUGUUGUAGGAGAAGACUGCGGAAUUUCUAUUGAGGGUGUAAAUACACCAUAUCUAUAUUUUGGCAUGUGGAAAACAACAUUUGCAUGGCACACUGAAGAUAUGGAUCUCUACAGUAUCAAUUAUCUUCAUUUUGGGGAGCCAAAGUCAUGGCAAGUUUAAAUUGUUAUGAAAGAUGAUUUCAUAUAUAUGUUUCCACUGACUAAAUGAAA